UCAAACAACAACCUCCAAGGAGCAACAAAGCGGUACCAUACAGUACUGGAGAACACAGAACCACCACCAUCGUCCAGCUUCAGACCAUGAGAGAGUCUCAUGACUAGCUAGCUGGCUAGUAGUGCAGUAGUUUCUCUCUUCAGUCCCCAUCCAAAGGAGAGGUCGAAGAAGCCAGAGGAAGAAAGCUGGUAAGGGGGACAAGUCCAUCAUCCAGGGGGGAGGAAGAGGACGCCUGCAGUAUAGUAUAGUACCGCACAUACAUUUGGAGUUGCCCUGUGCAUGAUCAUCAAAGGAGACGUCAUUGAUUUUCUACUAGCACAUCAUCCGGAGGAUCAAACCUCCCUUAUUUGGACUGGACACAGGACAACCACAGCAAGGACAUACGAGCCCACGCCUAGAAGUUCCCACGCGAAGGGGGCGGGGGCCCCGCCGCCUUUGGGCGGUUCUACUAGUAGUAGACGAGGAGGAAGGAAAAGAGGAUUGGAAAUAAAGAAAGUUGAAAUAGUAGGAAAAGGAGACAAAACAAGAGAAGAGGAAAGCGAUAGCGAAGAUUCGAUUUGGAGUAACAGCAGUUGUAGCUCUGGAAACACCACCACCACAACAACAUCUACAAGUAGUAGCGACGACGACAAGAACGAAACAGACGACAACAUGAAUUGGUUCAGUGGUGCCGCCAAGAAAAAGGCGGAAGAAGAUGCCGCCAAGGCAGCGGCUGCCCAAAAGACAAUGGAGGCUGAAAUUCGACAGCUGUACGAAAUUGGGACACAGCGAGAAGCACUGGAAGGAAUGUUCAGUAAGGAGGAUGUGGACCGAGUAGUGGAACAAAUCGACAAAGAACGGGCUCUCUUGGCCAUGUUGGAAGCCGAGCAAAAGGCCGAAGACGAAAAAAAGGCCAAAGAAAAGGCGGAGCGCAUGCGGGAAAUUCGAGAACUGUACGAAGCGGGCACGCAAGCGGCCAUGUUGGAACAGUUGCAUGAUCCCGGAGAAGUGCAGGAAGUGGUGGAAAUCAUGGAAAAGGAAAAGGCGGAAGAAGAAGCAGCGGCAGCUCAAGCAGCGGCAGAGGAAGCAGCAGCUGCAAAGGCGGAAGAUUCAGAUCAUGACAUGACCGAAGAAGAACGAGCCGAAAUGAUUGAGGACAUCAAAUCCAUGCUUCGAACCAACACCAAAAUGAAAACAAUCGAAUCGUUGUUCAAAACGAGGUACAUUGAAGAAGGACAACGCAUCUUGAAAAAGGAACGAGUGCAAGAACAAGCCAAGGAAAUUGAAAAGGCAGUGGCUGGCAUUCAACCCCAUUCCAAAUUGGUGCUCCAUUUGAAGGGACUGGACGAUUUGGAUGUCGCCCGGCCAGUCUUUCACAUAGCCUGUGAAUCCAAAGAUGGCGCGUGGAAGGUGAUUCAUAAAUCGCAACCGUUCUCGGAGGACGAUAAUGCGUGGCCAACUAGCAAGAUUCGGCUCGAAAAGAUUUUGGAGGAUCGAGCCACUACCUCAUCGGCCACGGUACGCAUCAAAUUGUUGGAGGAACAAGGCGACGAUGGUCGUUUUCUCGCGGUUGGACAUGUCGAUACGACAGUGCCAGAGUUAUUAAAGCGAGCAAUUCAACAAAAGGAUUUGGACGAAGCAGGCGGAGACGACCAGGAAGAAGAACAGGAAAAACUUGCACUGGACAUUCAAGAUCGGAAACACAAUACUGUGGCGUCGCUGAUCGUUGCCGAGGCGUCCGUCUACACGCAUCAGGAAACAUCGGAAGAAAAGAACGCCAAGAACAAAAUCAACAAAUCCUUGGCCAAACUUGGUCAAGAAUCCAAAUUGUUGCUAUCUCUUCGGGCCGUGAAUACAGAAGAGCUAGGAGAUGCGGAGCUUCAGGCUUUCAUGCAGGUGGAGACACAGUCAAAGCCGAGAGGACCCUGGGAAGUGCAGUACACGUCAGAGCACAUUGAUAUUGACAAUACACUAGAAUGGAAACCAGCAAAGUUAUCCUGCCGAUCGGUGCUCUGGGAGGGUGGAAGACUAUCCCCGCUACGGAUAUCCAUGAUGGAUUGGAACGAUGGAAAAACACCCAACACUCUGGGGUCAUUUGUGGCAACGUUGGACGAGUUGCUGUGGCGUUCAGAAUCCAAUAAAGUGUCCUCAAAGACGCUGGAUGACGAAGAUCGCAUGUUCCCCUGCAUCGAUGAGGAUAACGAUGAUGAAUAUGCGUCCAUCAUUGUCCAGGAAGCAUCGAUUCUUGAAAUGUCCGCGGAGGAGAAGGCCUUACGUGCCGACAUUACAGAACGCCUGGAAAACCUUGAGGAACACUCUCGGCUGCACAUUACCUUGAAGGGUGUAGACUUGAAAGCAAUGAAAGAGGGCAUGUUUGGAAAUUACUCGGAUCCCUUUUUCGAGGUCUCUGGAUUGGGUAGCAAUGGGUGGAACACUGUAUAUACGUCGGAGACUAUCAACGACAACGUGAAUCCCGAGUGGAAGCAAGGGAGACUUUCGUUCGACAAGCUAUUGGAUUGUGGUGAUUCUGCGACAAUGAUUCGAAUAAUUUUGAUGGACGCGGAGGAAAAUGGGGAUCACCGCCGCAUUGGUUUUCUGGACACGACACUAUUUGAUCUUUUGUUGUGUUCCGAGUCCUCGAUUGCUGCCAGCGCCAUGGCCGAUGACCUACCGUUCACCUGCAUUGACGAAUCAGGCCAAAGCAUCGGGUCGAUCAUUGUGGUGGAUGCAGACAUUGUGGGAGAAAGCACCGAAGAAAAGAAGUCUCGUGCCGAAAUUGCCGAAAUGCUUAGCACUAUUGACGAAUAUUCGGCCUUGGUUUUGUAUCUGAAAGGAACCGAUCUCGUCAACAUGGAUGGUCUACUUGGGGUUUCAGAUCCGUUCUACGUUGUUUUGUCUCGGGGGGACUCUGACGGCCAAUGGGAAAGGGUCUACCGGUCCGAACAUAUAGAUGACAACCAGUCCCCGGUCUGGGGCAGGGCAAGAAUAUCUCUGAAGAAACUUCUGAAAGGUGACGUCAACAAGAAGCUUCGAAUUGAAAUGUACGAUUGGCAGGAAAGUGAAUCUCACCAGGCAAUGGGGUGGUUCCACACAACGCUGAACGAGCUGUUAUGGCGCUCGAAGACGAAUGCUGCAGCGAAGGCAGUCGGAGAAGACGAACCAUUCGUGUGUCGGGAUGGUGCGGAUGCCGUCUACGGAUCGAUUAUGGUUGACAGUGCGAAGGUGGUAACAGAGAAUGCCGCAGAGAAGGAAGCGCGAAAAGAAAUAGUCCAGACGCUGGAACAAAUGGACGAAUACACAAGGCUCCGCUUUACGAUGCGAGGGACAAAUCUAGUCAACAUGGACGGGUUCCUUGGAGUGUCCGACCCCUUCUUUGAAUUGAAGACGCAGGAUGACGAAGGAGAAUGGACGACGGUUUUCAAAUCCAACCACAUCGUCGACAACCAUGAACCUUUGUGGCUAGCGGCGACAAUCCCAAUUCAGAAAUUGCUUAGAGGACAGGUGAACCGGACAAUCCGAGUAACCAUGACGGAUUGGCAAGAAGACGGAGCUCACCAACCAAUGGGAUUCUUCGAAACAAACCUCUUAGAGUUUCUUUGGUUCGCGGAGAGUAAUAAGGCUGCGGUGUCGCUGGGCGAACAUAGGACAUUCCUCUGCAGGGAUGGCAAUGACAACCAGUAUGGUUCACUUGCAAUCGUAGAUGCGGCUGUCGUCAUGGACUCUCCAGAAGAGAGUGAAGGAAGGAAGAUGAUCAAGUCACAUCUGGAAAAGGUGCAAGAGGGAUCAAAUCUGACAGUGGAACUGAAGGGGAAAGACUUAGCCAACGUCGAAGGUAUGUGGGGUUGCUCUGAUCCCUUUGUGGAGUUCGCUGCAAAGACCGAAUCUGGUGAAUGGCAGACUAUCUAUAGGUCCGAGCACGUGGAGAACAAUUUGAAUCCAGAGUGGAAGCCUGCCAUAAUUCCACUAGCAGCAUUGUUGAAAGGAGAUAUUGACAGGGAUCUUAAGGUGUCCCUCUUUGACUGGGAGUCCAGUGGAAAUCAUCAGACAAUGGGCUACUUUGAAACUUCAAUUCAAGAAUUGCUAUGGCGUUCCCAAACGAACGAAGCUUCGAAAACACCCAUGAGCGAGCGCUCCUUCGUGGCAAAGGCCGACGAUGGCGAAGUGUUUGGCAACAUCAUUGUGGCAUCUGCGUCGCUGGACACACUUGAGAAGAUCGUGGUUAAUAUGAAGAAAGAAAUACCAGACAAUGGCGCAAAUGCCCAUGCUGAAACCUCAGACUCAAUGGAGCCUAUCAUGCCAGCGGGUUCGGAGCUCCUGUUGACAAUGAAAGGAGUCAAUCUAGAGAAUGUGGAAGGAUGGUUUGGCUGCAGUGAUCCAUUUUUUACUGUUUCUGUUGCGGCAGAUGAUCUGUCGGUGAAAAAGGAGUGGCAGAGAAUUCACAAGUCAGAGUACUUGGAGAAUUCCUUGAACCCUGAAUGGAAACAGGCUGCAAUCUCAAUGGACUCGUUGAAGGGAAAUGACAUUGACGCGUGCCUUCUUAUUUCCGUGUUUGAUUGGGAGGAAAACGAUGAGCACAACCCAAUGGGAUUCUUCGAAACCAGCGUGAGGGAUCUUUUGAAGCAUGCGGAGGCGUUUUCAGCAGAUGAUUCGAGAGUUGCAGAGUCAAUGUACACUCUCCGCGAUGCUGACGGCAAAGAAUAUGGAACCAUUGUCAUCACUGGCGCAAACAUGAAGAAGCCUCCUCCUCCGAAGCAAGCAGAACCACCGGAAGUCAUUCCCGAUCCUGUUCCGCCAACACCCGAGAGUAGUGACAAGGUGAACACUGAAAGUACUCCAAUGAAUGGCUCCGAAACAAACACGCCGAAGGCGGAACCAGAAAAAGACUCCGACAUUAUCUACGGCGACGUUGACCUUUCCGAUAGCUUCAGCUCAGGGUCACACUCGGGCGGGGAAGAUGAUGGCUCUCACGGUGACGACGGGAGCUUCAUUAGCGAAAGAACGGGCGACUAUAGUCGUGAUGGAGAUGAUUUCAGUGGCGAUGGAAGCGACCGCGGUGACGAUGAUCAGGACGGUGGAGAGCCGAUUCCUCCUGGGCUCAAGAAGUUGCAUGAAGGUUCAGAGCUCACUUUGUCUCUGAUGGGGGCCGAACUGGGAGGCAGCCAAGGAUGCGAUUUUCCAUUUUAUGAAAUUGACGUUUUGCUUGAGGGUGAUGAUGACUCCUGGGAUAAUGUGUAUGCUUCUGAACACCUUGAGCCAGAUAUGCCCAUAAUAUGGAAACCAGCUUCCAUCCCUCUCGAUUUUCUCAUGGAUGGCACAUUUGAUCGAGUGCUUCGCAUUUCUUUGUUUGAUUGGGACGAAAGUGGCGACAACGCUUUCAUUGGUGAUUUUGAAACCACUGUUCCCGAGUUGCUCAACCGGGUUGAAACGGGCAAGGAAGUCAUUUAUAUUCUUGAGGAUGAAGACGGCAACGAGCAAGGCGAUAUGACUGUUCUGGCUGCAGUACUGGUCGUACCCGAGCCAGAGAAGGUCAUGUGCUUGACUCUGGAAGGAAAGGAUUUGGCCCAUUGUUCCAAUCCUUUCUUUGAGGUUCUCGAACAGGAUGCUGGAGAUUGGAAACCCGUAUACCGUUCGGACCACGUGAAGGACACGAGCCCUCGUUGGCCAAGGUCCAUUGUCGGCGUUGGCGAAGACAUGGACCGACCUAUGCGCAUCUCACUGUUCGACUGGAGUAAAGAUGGCGACCACGAGCAUUUGGGUGACUUCGAGACGACAGCCAACGACCUGCUUGAUAUGGGAUUGGACGGUGGCUCCAGUAAGUUCUUUGUGAAGGACGAUUCGGGAGAGCUGAUUGGUAAGGUUUUUGUCAGGGAAGCCUACCUGGAAGACAAGGACAAGGUUGCUGAUGACCACCAAGAAACAACGAACGCGGACAAUGAGAGCGUCGCCGAAUCUUUCGUUUCUGGUCAAGACAUGGAUGAUGCAUCUGCGAUCAGCAGGGAUAGAUCAGAAGUUUCAUCAAGACACAGUGGCGGGCCGUCUGAAGCGUCCUUUUCCGGGACAGAUAACGAGCCCAGCCAAUCGAACCACGAUGGAUCCGAGAAACAGAUGGAUAUUGAUGAGGAUUCCGUGCACUCUGGUUCUGCAAUGGAUGAAGACCAUGGGAGCGUGAGUCCGUCCGAAGCCUCAACAAGCCACAGGGAGGGUACGUCGAAUCACGAGAGCUUUAGCCAUUCUGUUGCAUCAGCACAUUCUGGGGGCAAACCCGGGCAUGGCAGUGCUCGGAGCUUUAGCCAAUCAGGCCACUCUGGUCAUUCUGAUGGGGGAGACAAACAUGACGAUAGCCAAGUGGAUCACAGCCCUGCGCCGUCUGUACGAUCGGAGGUGUCUCGCUCUUCCCGACAGAGCUCUCACCAUAGCGAGCAUGAUAGCAGUGCUUCCUCGAUUGAUCCAGAGAAGAAGAGACGUCAAACCCUGAUGGAUAUUCGAGGGCUCUACGAGGCAGGAACCCCGCCAGAAACACUGGAACAAAUGUUCAGCCCCGCUGAUGUCGCAGAAGUUGCUGCUAUGGUUGAAAAGGACAAGAGCAGUGGUGAGGCCGACGACAAAUCUGUUGACUCGGGCAGUAGCGAACAAAAAGAGAAGGCAGACGAACCACCUGAGGCAACCAAGGAAGCGCCAAAGGAAAUGAAUGGUCUGGUCGCGGCAAGCGCCAGCGCAGUAGUUAGCACGGCUGCGGGUGUCGAUCCCGAUGUCGUGAAGAAGUUCGAGGACACCAUCGCAAAGCUGGAAUCGCAGAACGAGGUUCUUCAGUCAACGUGCGAUCAACUGAAAAAGGAAAUUGAAUCACUGGAGAAAAAAGAGCAACCCGGAAAGAAGGGCGGCGACGGGCAAUCGCAAAAUGCUGAUGCUUUGCAGUCACAGAAUGAUGCGUUACAAGCAACGUGUGACCAGCUUCGAAAGGAAAUUGAUGAUAUGCAGAAGAAGGAAACAACGAGCGAUCAACUCAAAAAGGAGAUUGAAGAAAUGGAAAAGAAAUGCAAGGACCUGCAAGAGGAAAACGACACGCUUGACGAAAAGAACACUUCACUCCAAGCCACUUGCGACGAAUUGACAAACUCGUUGAAAGAAGCUGAGCAGAAGAGCGGCAAAUUCGACGAACUUAAGGAAGCCAAUAGCGAGCUGAAGAAGGAGUACGAGGAGCUCCAAGACGAGCACAAGUCUCUAGAGGAAAAUUGUAGCUCCCUGCAAAAGAAGACCACAACGCUAGAGGCCACAAGCAACAAUCUGAAAGAGGAACUGGAGACGUUGCAAGAAACAGUAGAAGAUCUCGAGCGCCAAAACGCAGAGCUGGAGGAGGAACUCAAGGCAGCCACAGAAGAAAAAGACUCUGUCGCAAAAGAGUUUGCUGACUUCCAGGCCGCAACAGGAAUCAAGGAGAAGCGUUUCUUGAAGAGUUUGGAUUCCAUGACUUCCAAGAAAGAAGCUGCCGAAGAAGAGCUGGCUGAACUCAAAAGUGGAACCGAAACCGAGACGGCCAAACUGAAGGAAGAAAACCAACAACUGACUGAGAAGGUUUCAACUCUGGAAGCGUCUGCUGCCGAAAACGAAAGCAGGGUGGCAACGGCCAAGAAUAUGUUGGACAGCUUUGGAGCGAAACAGAAGGAAAUCGAAGCUCUUCAGGCCAAGGUAACCGAGCUCGAAGCAGGGCAGGGUCAAGCCACUCCUUUAAACCCAUCGCCUAUGGAAGGUGUCACAGAAGAGAAAUCUGACAAAGCAGGCAGCCGUACGCCAACUCGAGAGCGUUCCCCAACCAGAGAGAAAUCAGAGAGAAAGGAUAGAUCAGAAAAAUCACCGCGACGUCCGGAUGAAAAAGAGAGACAUGAUGACAAACGCCGAUCCGACAGGGAUAAGAUGGGACGGUCCGAAAAGCGUGAAAGGGACAAAGAAGGAGACAAAAUGGGCGAUUUCUCGAAGAAGAGCGAUCACUCGAAGAAGAGAGACGGCAAGGAGAGAGAACGGGACAAGGACAAGGAGAGACGCGAUCGCCACGACAAGGAUCGACGUCGAGAGAAGGACCGGCAUUCAUCUUCCAAAGAUUCCGAAAACAAAGACCGGCCGAAAGACGAACGAGGCAGUAAAGAUCGAGAACGACGCGAUAAGGACGGAAAGGAGAGGUCAUCUCGAGACAAAGAUAAGGACAAGGAUCGCGAGAGACGUCACCGCGAUGGCAAGGAUCGAGAUCGAGAUCGUGAUCGUGGCGGCGAUAGGAAAGAUCGCGAGAAGGAUGGAAAAUCGUCAAGAGACAAGGACAAGGACAGGGAACGAAGGAAAGAAAAAGAGAGGCGGAGUACGAAGCCCCGUUGAGAUCCAUUUGGCUUGCGUCGAUGGGUUCCUUCGACACGCCUUUACGGAUGCUGCAUUGCCGGUGUGUUGCAACUGCCAAAAUGAAUGCGACAGUGGCGAUGACUCUGUGUGUAGCUUGCAAUCAUAUUGCCGCUUGCUGUGCGGGAACGUCUUGCGCCCUAUUGCCGCUGCGGCCCCAAGCUUGUUCUGGCCAAUUGCGGUACGGUGCAAUGAAAGGAACAUCUCGGAACAAGUGGACUUGAGAUGAGGGGUCGCUGAUACGCUUGAUUCUACUCGUCAUUUUGCGCUGCCUUGCUCGUACUGCCAUGUAAUGAGAAACUAGUACCGUAUCGGCAUUUUGUGCCAAGUACAUGUACUUCCGAGUAACGUAUGGUUAAGUGAUGGCUUCCCGCUAGUAGCUAGAUUCUCUUAGCUAUGGCUGAGAACAUAGUUUCCUCAUGCACACUACUGUUCCGAGGCAGCAGCAGCAGCCCAACCCAGCAAUACCGGUAUGUCCUUUAGAGCUUUGAUGCGUCACAUAGUCUUAAUAAUAGGGUAUUUGCAAUUUUAUUUUUCUCUGUCACUCCUUUGUACAGUACAAAAAAUCUGGCUCUGCCGACGUGAGAGGGAUAUUAGU